GUGACCAUCAUCCGUGCUCAUCAUACACUCGCUGCAACACGCGAAUAACCCCGCCUUGGCCGUGUGCUCUAGAGCCCAGGAAUUGUUCGCUUCGGCGCUGCGCCUCACAAAGAAGCUAUUGUGCACAGAAGCCAUUCCGCUUUGCAAUCUUAUCCAAGCGUAGUGCGCGCCCCGGGCGGCUUUUGCGGACUCAGCAUCGCCCGCAAUGUCUGCCACGGUGUCGUUGAGCCUGGUCGCGCUCCUCUUAGCCUUGUCCCAUUCAUUCACUCAUGCCAAGCAAGUUCUCCGCUGGUCGGACGAGUUCCGGGCGGGGUGCAAAGACGCACGCGUGUGCGUGAACGGCGGCAUCGACAUACGCAAGUGGUCGUUUGACCUGGGCGACGGCACGAGCUUUGGGCCUAACAUGAUUGGUUGGGGCAACUGGCAGCGCCAGUGCCACACCAAUUCGUCUGCCAACGCGCGCGUCGAGGCGUUCCCGGGGAAGACGGACGGGAUGCUGGUCAUCCAGGCCGGCUACUCGCCCCUCCGCACCUGCUACAACGAGAACGCCGCGCCCUCCACCACCAACUACACCAGCGCGCGCCUCACCACUCGCGACAGCGCCGCGUUCAAGUGGAAGGGCACCGCCGGCAACAGCACUGCGGUGCGCAUCGACGUGCGCCUGCAGGUCCCCAUGGUGGCCGGCACGUGGCCUGCCGCGUGGAUGCUUCCCACCACGGACAAGCGCUGGUGCAGCGGCUGCAGCGAGUACGGAGACGGGUGGUGCCUGGGCGGCGAGAUCGAUAUUAUGGAGCAUGUCAACACGAACAACUUCCUUAUCUCCAAUGUGCACUUCGGCGGUCAGGCCAACGCGUCGUGGCUGGACUGCCACGAGAAAGUCGGCCGCUUCCGUGCCGGCAGCCGCGCCGCCUCCUGGAACGUCAUGACUUUGAUCUGGGACUCCACCUACCUGCGCUUCCUGGCCAACGGCAAGGAGGUGUCGCGCCUCAACGCCGGCGACUGGUACACGGGCGGCGCCGACCGCGCGGCCAACAAGUUCGCGCCGUUUGACCAGGACUUCUUCCUCAUCCUGGACAUGGCCGUGGGCGGGCUGUACCCAGGCUUCAACAUCAACGACGCCGCUAUUGCCGAGGGGGCAGCUCGCUACAACAUUGACUACGUGCGAGUGUAUGACCUCCUGCCUUAGAUGGCGGCGGUAGGCGGCGGCCGGGCGCAGUUGACGCAGCGUUUGCGCUUACAGCAAAGCCAGGAGCGCACAGAGGCAAACCGCGCAACUCUGUAUCAGCAGAUGCCUGCACUUCAGUGAUCUUCGUUCCUACCUCUUCUAUACCUCUUCAGCUUGCUUUCCGUAACUUAUCUACCUCAUCAAUGCAGUGGUCAGGUCUUCCUUUCCCCGGUCGCCGUAGCGACCCGUCUUGCCUACACCGUCUCUUCUUCGUCUCAGCGCUUCGCUCCGCAUUCUUGACUCCAAGCAAUAAACGCUGCACGCACGCCGCACGUGCUCAAUUGGUCCUCACGACCGCCACCAGCAGCCCGCAGGCAGCAUUAUUCACGACCUGAGAGCUCACGAGGGAGGCGCACCAACGCGCUGACCAGCACAUCCGUGCUGCCGCAAGUAGUGCCACAGCCCGCCCACGUCAAGAGAGAGGCUCACGGGGACCGCCGCCACCACCGCCACCACCACCGCCUCCAGCUGCAGCCAGCCCAAUCCCCAGCGAUGCAGCCCCGGAGCUACAGCCCCAGCGUUACAGCCAGAGUGCUACAGCCCGCUCCAGGGCAGCUUGCCCGGGAACAGGUCAGGUCCGCAGUAACCCAGCAGCGAGCGCAUCUCGGGGCAGCGGCUGGGGUGGAUGGGCCCCACCGCGAAGGGGUCGCGGCGCAGGCGCUUGGCCAGCAGCUCGCCGCCGCAGCCGUAGGGGUCGGCAGCGAAGGAGGCCACGGUGCGGCCCUCACCCUCCUGCGGCGUGUGGCGGCGUCAGGGGGGUUGCAGGGCGCAGAGGUGGGUGGCGGUUCAAGGCGGUAUGUGGCGGGUAGUGGCCGUAGAACGAUGGCGCAGGAUGGGGAGUGCGAAGGGAGAAGCUGCUUUGUGUAAUGUAAUGUGAUGUGAUGGACAAUGGCGUGCGCUGCAAGAAAUGCAAAAUAUUGACGUUGUUGGUCUUUUUGUUGGCACAAUAGCGCAACGGGAUUGCAGCUGCAGUGGGCCUGGUUGCCCCCCGCAAUCCCGUGUCUAUCCCUGUUGCGAAGGGGCAUCAUCUGUUGUGCCACGACUUUCCCCGGAUUGGUUCAGUGCAAUUAAGCAGAUUUUGCGUGCGGCGCGUCUUUCAAGAUAUGCACAUAUCGUAGUUAACGGGUGUAUUCAUUACGGAAGCAAUGGUUGGCUGCCACAGCACCAGCCUCUCCUUGCCCGCAACCCGGGCCAGUCAUGCAGGAUGACCAUAGGACUCGGUUGCCAUGAUAGCGAGCACGCGCAACGCGACCCAACCCGUGGACCCGUGGAGGGCACUGUAAACGUCAAGUCUA